ACAGCCUAGAUAGCUGCUAGCUCAGGUCAGCCUAUCGAUCGAUCUACUUCCGUAGAGAAAGAGUUAGCCAGCAGUUGAGCAAUGGCGGAGAGGGUGAGGAGGCUGGCGUCGCAGCGGGCGGUGGUGAUCUUCGGGGCGAGCAACUGCUGCAUGUGCCACGCGGUGAAGAUGCUCUUCACGGAGAUGGGCGUCAGCUGGACGGUGCACGAGCUGGACAAGGACCCCCGUGGGAAGGACGUCGAGAGGGCGCUCGCCGGCAUGGUCGGACGGACCCCGCCGGUGCCGGCCGUCUUCAUCGGCGGCAGGCUCGUCGGCACCACCGACCAGGUCAUGACGCUGCACGUCGGCGGCCAGCUCGUGCCGCUCCUCCGCCAUGCCGGCGCCCUCUGGCUCUGAGCUUCUGAAGAAUGAAGGACAGCAGUGGCU